UGCGUGAUUUUGUCUGCACAAAGGCAACCAAUGGAACCUAAAUGACAAUCAACUUCCCAUUCUUCAGCACCUGUAUAAUUAAUCAGGUCUGGACAAUAAUCAAGCUGAUUGCUUAAUGGGGUGGGGCCUUUGUCAGACAUCGUGGCUAUAAAAUGGUUUGACAGACGCUGUGGAAGAAUUGACAAGAAUAACUCAUGUCUAUUUGGAGUGAUGGGGUUCAGGCAAGCGUCUGCAGUGCUGCUGUUGGUGGUGACGUUUUGUUGUGUUGUUAGUGAUGCUUGGACCUCCAGAUCGUUUUAUCUGAGAUUGGGGUUUCUGUGUGACGAUGACGUUUCAGCCCAGUUUGACUCUCAGAAGCCUGUGGGAGAGAACCCUAGUGGACAAGAACCUAGCCAGCCUGUGGGCCAGGAGCCCAGCGUCGAGCCUGUCGGACAGGAAACUAGCCAGGAUGAAGACCCUGAGAGCUUCCAGUCCAAGCAGACAUUUGAGAACCCUCUGACUUGGCUCUAUCCUACGCUUGAGAAGCAUGAGCGCAAUUCUACAGUGUUUGAGCGGCUAAAGCAGGUGGCAGCCAAUGGUGUGGUGGCUCGGUGUGGGAAAAGUGUGGUCCGUGUGGAGGUGAAGCAGGAACUUCUGGGGAUUGGCCGGCUCAUCCAGCCAGAGCGUCUCACUCUAGGAGGCUGUGCUGCCACUGAGGAGGAUGCUGAAGCUCUUGUGCUGACCUUUGAAUCAGAGCUGCAUGGCUGUAGCAGUGAGAUGACGAUGACUGAGGAUGUGCUGAUCUACACCUUCACUCUUGUCUAUGAGCGAAAACCUCUUGCUAAGAUUUCUAUAUUGAAGACCAGUAAAGCUAUGGUUGAUAUUGAGUGCCACUACUUGAGGAAUCAUGAUGUGAGCAGCAAUACCCUGAAGUAUGCUGUAGAACCUAGCCAGGUUGUUAUAAAGCCUGUGGGCCGGGAACCUAGCGUGGAGCCUGUGGGCCGGGAACCUAGCGUGGAGCCUGUGGGCCGGGAUCCGGUUGGAGAGACUGUUGGACAGGAACCUAUACAGCCUGUUGGCGGGCCUUUGGGCUAUGAAGCUGUUGGAGAGCAGCCUGUGGGACCAGGACUUCGUGGAGAGCCUGUCGGUCAAGCGCUUGGAGAGCCUGUGGGCCGGGAACCUAGCGAGCAGCCUGUGGGUUGGGAACCUAGUGAGCAUGUGGGAGAGCCUGUGGGCCGGGGACCUAGUGAGCAGCCUGUGGGCCAGGAUCCGGUUGGAAAGACUGUUGGACAGGAACCUAGCAAGUUUUUUGGCGGGCUUUUGGAUCUAGAAACUAGCGAGCUUGUUAUAAAGCCUGUGGGCCGGGAACCUAGCGUAGAGCCUUUGGGCCGGGAACCUAGCGUAGAGCCUUUGGGCCGGGAACCUAGCGUAGAGCCUUUGGGCCGGGAACCUAGCGUAGAGCCUGUGGGCCGGGAACCCAGCGUAGAGCCUGUGGGCCGGGAACCCAGCGCAGAGCCUGUGGGCCGGGAACCCAGCGCAGAGCCUGUGGGCCGGGAACCCAGCGCAGAGCCUGUGGGCCGGGAACCCAGCGCAGAGCCUGUGGGCCGGGAACCCAGCGCAGAGCCUGUGGGCCGGGAACCCAGCGCAGAGCCUGUGGGCCGGGAACCCAGCGCAGAGCCUGUGGGCCGGGAACCCAGCGCAGAGCCUGUGGGCCGGGAACCCAGCGCAGAGCCUGUGGGCCGGGAACCUAGCGUGCCUGUUGGCGAGCCUGUGGGCCACGAAGCUGGAGAGCAGCCUUUUGGUGAGCUUUUGGGUCAGGAACCUAGCGAGCUUUUGGGCCAAGAACCUAGUGAGCCUGUGGGCCAGCAACCUGUUGGAGAACAUCCUGUGGUCCAGGAAUCUAGCCAGGAGCCUGUUGGUGAGCCUGUGGGCCAGGAACCAAGUGAGAUUAUGGGUAAUGAACCUAGCGAGCCUUUGGGCCAAGAACCUAGUGAGCCUGUGGGCCAGCAACCUGUUGGAGAACAUCCUGUGGUCCAGGAAUCUAGCCAGGAGCCUGUUGGAGAGCCUGUGGGCCAGGAACCUGGCGAGCAGCCUGUGGGCCAAGACCUUAGCCAGCAGCCUGUUGGCCAGCCUUUGGUUCAGGAACCUAGCAAGCAGCCUGUGGGCCAAGAACCAAGUGAGCAUGUUGGAGAGCUUGUGGGCCAAGAACCAAGGAAGAUUUUGGGUAAUGAACUUAGUGAGCAUGUUGGAGUACCUGUGGGCCAGGAACCUAGCAAGCAGCCUGUGGGCCAGGAACCUAGCAAGCAGCCUGUGGGCCAGGAACCUAGCAAGCAGCCUGUGGGCCAGGAACCUAGCAAGCAGCCUGUGGGCCAGGAACCUGUGGGCCAAGAACCUAGUGAGCCUGUGGGCCAAGAACCUAGUGAGCCUGUGGGCCAAGAACCUAGUGAGCCUGUGGGCCAAGAACCUAGUGAGCCUGUGGGCCAGCAACCUGUUGGAGAGCAGCCUGUGGACCAGGAACCCAGCCAGCAGCCUUUUGGUGAGCUUUUGGGUCAGGAACCUAGCGAGCCUUUGGGCCAUGACCCUGGUGAGCAUGUUGGAGAGCCUGUGGGCCAGGAACCUACCGAGCAGCCUGUGGGCCAAGAGCCUGUGGACCAGGAACCUGGCGAGCAGCCUGUGGGCCAGGAACUUAGCCAUUCUAUGGGCCAAGAGCCUGUGGGCCAUGAACCUGGAGAGCAGCCUGUGAUCCAUGACCCUGUGGGCCAAGAACCUAGUGAGCCUGUGGCCCAGGAACUUGUUGGAGAGCAGCCUGUGGGCCAGGACCUUAGCCAGCAGCCUGUUGGCGAGCCUUUGGGUCAGGAAACUAGUGAGAUUUUGGGUAAUGAACUUAGCGAGCAUGUUGGAGAGCCUGUGGGCCAAGAACCUGUGGGCCAAGAACCUGUUGGAGAGCAGCCUGUGGGCCAAGAUCCUGUUGGAGAGCAGCCUGUGGACCAGGAACCUAGCCAGCAGCCUUUUGGUGAGCUUUUGGGUCAGGAACCUAGCGAGCCUUUGGGCCAUGACCCUGGUGAGCAUGUUGGAGAGCCUGUGGGCCAGGAACCUAGCGAGCAGCCUGUGGGCCAGGAACCUAGCCAGCAGCCUUUUGGUGAGCUUUUGGGUCAGGAACCUAGCGAGCCUUUGGGCCAGCCUGUGGGCCAGGAACCUGGAGAGCAGCCUUUGGGCCAAGACCCUGGUGAGCAUGUUGGAGAGCCUAUGGGCCAGGAACCUAGCGAGCAGCCUGUGGGCCAGGAACCUAGCGAGCAGCCUGUGGGCCAGGAACCUAGCGAGCCCCCUGUGGGCCAGGAACCUAGCGAGCCCCCUGUGGGCCAGAAACCUAGCCAGCCGCCUGUGGGCCAGAAACCUAGCCAGCCGCCUGUGGGCCAGGAGCCUAGCCAGCCGCCUGUGGGCCAGGAGCCUAGCCAGCCGCCUGUGGGCCAGGAGCCUAGCCAGCCGCCUGUGGGCCAGGAACCUAGCCAGCCGCCUGUGGGCCAGGAGCCUGUGGGCCAAGAACCUAGUGAGCAUGUUGGAGAGCCUGUGGGCCAGGAACCUAGCGAGCAGCCUGUGGGCCAGGAACCUAGCGAGCAGCCUGUGGACCAGGAACCUAGCGAGCAGCCUGUGGGCCAAGAGCCUGUGGACCAGGAACCUGGCGAGCAGCCUGUGGCCCAGGCACCUGUUGGAGAGCAGCCUGUAGGCCAGGAACUUAGCAAGCAGCAUGUUGGUGAGCCUUUGGGUCAGGUAACUAGUGAGAUUUUGGGUAAUGAACUUAGCGAGCAUGUUAGAGAGCCUGUGGGCCAUGAACCUGGAGAGCAGCCUGUGAUCCAUGACCCUGUGGGCCAAGAACCUAGUGAGCCUGUGGCCCAGGCACCUGUUGGAGAGCAGCCUGUGGGCCAGGAACUUAGCCAGCGGCCUGUGGGCCAGCCUUUGGGUCAGGAACCUAGCAAGCCUUUGGGCCAAGAACCUAGUGAGCAUGUUGGAGAGCCUGUGGGCCAAGAACCUAGUGAGCCUGUGGCCCAGGCACCUGUUGGAGAGCAGCCUGUGGGCCAGGAACUUAGCCAGCAGCCUGUUGGCGAGCCUUUGGGUCAGCAACCUAGUGAGCCUUUGGGCCAAGACCCUAGUGAGCAUGUUGGAGAGCCUGUGGGCCAGGAACCAAGUGAGAUUUUGGGUAAUGAGCUUAGCUAUCAUGUUGGAGAGCCUGUGGGCCAGGAACCUAGCGAGCAGCCUGUGGGCCAGGAACCUAGCGAGCAGCCUGUGGGCCAGGAACCUAGCGAGCAGCCUGUUGGCCAGGAACCUAGCGAGCAGCCUGCCAAGAACCAAGCGAGCAGCCUGUGGGCCAGGAACCGUUUGGAGAGCAGCCUGUGGGCCAGGAUCCUAGCGGCGAACCUGUGGGUCAAGAUCCUGGAGAGCAGCCUGUGGGCCAGGAACAUAGCGAGGUUGUGGGCAGCGAACCUGUUGGAGAGCAGCCUGUGGGCCAGGAACAUAGCGAGGAUGUGGGCAGCGAACCUGUUGGAGAGCAGCCUGUGGGCCAGGAACCAAGUGAGAUUUUAG